UGACACUUUUCUUUUUGCAUACAAUGAAAUAUCGUAUUCAUGCAUAGAUACGGAGAUAUAACAACUUGAAAUAAUAAAUAAAAAAAAUAAAUAUAAAACAAAUGCAGAAUACUCACUCCUAAUCCUGACUCUUCGUUCUAUUCUUGUUUUCUCCCUUCUCCAUUGAAGAGUCUUGCAUUUUUUUCCUCUCGACAUGACGAGGUACAGGUGGAGGAGGGAGAUACGCGCCCUUACGGCCGCUGGGAUAGGGCACGGUCCCGUGAGCCCUCCCCUGACCGCCGCUGAGUCGCACUUCAAUAGAAGACCGCACUGUGGUAUUUGCGGUCACACUCCCCGAACCUGCAUAGAGCUAUCUUGCAGGUGCGACAGAAGAACCGGGUGUCUCUCCUUCUGCCAUUCAUAUGGCACGCCCGGCACCGUUUCUGCCUGCGCCCUUCUAGGAGAUCCAGUGUGUGAUCCCCUGGCAUCAGCCGACACGGAGGGUCCACUACCCGACGAGAAGGGGUGGUGCGGGCGGGGGCAGCAGCAGGGGCGGCGGCAGCAGGGGCGUCGGCAGCAGGGGCGGCGGCAGCAGGGGCGUUGGCAGCUCUAUGACUGAAGUAGGCACCCCUUAGGUCUGCCCUUUCCUGUACGGGGAGAUCUACAGCUCGGGGCAGGGGGGCAGUGAUGGAAGGCCAUGCAUCGGGAUCAAAGUUGAUGAGGGCAUUCCCGGCUACCUCUAGGAACUGUAUGUGGGACAACCUCGGAAGAUUGUCACCGCAGUACCCACAGUACAGUAUGUAGGCAUUUUGGAGGGCCAACUGAAGGAUGUAUUUGAGGAGCUUUUGUGUCCACCUCCUGGUUCUCCUGGCGAAGGGAUAAUACUGGAUGAGCUGAUCAAAGAGAUCAACUCCUCCCAUGUGCCUGUUGUAGUGCCCAAUGACGGUAGGGCACUCUACACGAAACUCCUCAUACACAACUCGGCCCUGUCGACGUGUCUUCUUCCACUGCACGAUUUCCUCUUGGACAGGUUCAUGGCUCGUCGUAAUCAUGGGGACGAGUCGGACACCCUUCCAACAGAUGACGAAGACAGGUCCCUUCCGCCGCCACUGUGUCUCUCCUCUUGCCAGAUGUUGCGGAUGGCUAGCGAACCUCUUGAGGACAUUCGGGGCCCCACGCACCAACCGAAGGGUACCACUGCCGUGAACACCUGCUUCAUACAGUUCCUGGGCCAGGGAUACCGAGUUACAAUAAUUAUCCAUAAACAGGUGGUAUCCCUGGUUACGGAAACGAUCCACAAGCCCGAAAACAGUGUCACGCAAUGUGGAGAAGACCCCGGAAUACACCGAAAAGUCCACGACGUAGCCAGUGUUGGCCUCGGUAAUAAAAAAAAAUUUCAUGCCAUAAUUUCUUCGGCUUCUUGGGGUUAUACACUUUGAUGCUUAGACGUCCUUUGUAAGGCAUCAUCCCCUCAUCCAAAGAAAGGUUCUUUCCAGGAAUCACGAGAGUUAUACAGCGUUCACGAAUAUAAUCCAACACUGGGCGCACUGCAAUGAGGCGAUCAGAGUUAUUCCGGGGUAUGGCCCUUCGGUUGAAGGCGUUGAAAUAUCUGUCCAACGCCAGGAAAGUAUCACGGGGCAUAAAGCCGGGCACAUUGGGCGUACCUAAAAAAAAAUUACGCCUCCAAUAUUGCCUGACGUCGGAAGCAGGCAGCAAUCCAAAAAAAACAUGGAGCCCCAAAAAAUGCGCCAUGUCAGGGAGGUUGCAACCCCGCCAAUAAUACGACAAUGUCGUGCGCAGUUCAUCACAGCAGUACCUGGCAUAGUCCGCCGUCUCUGCUACCAGGUACUCCAGCAAUUCCCGCGUAAGGAAAAGCUGAACGAAACCCAGAGGAGUCAGGGGAACAGGUACGGUGAGGCCAGGAUUUGCCGCGAAUGGAUAAAUGUUAGGUGGUGUGGGGUCCUCUGUCCACCCAUCGUCGCUCUCGGACGACCGAGCUUCACCUUGGCUCGCGCGACUAUCCGACCUUCUACGUGCCCGUGCGCGCGCACGCGCACGAGCGCGGGUACGAUUUCGACACGAGACCCCCUAACUGGCCCAUCUCCCUCACUCAAGCCUUCGCUUUCUGUAUCAUCAUCAUCAUCGGCACAAAAACUUGAACCAAACUCAUCAUCCUCCCCCUCCUCAGAUUCCCCCUCAUACGCACUAAAACUACUGAAUUCUAAUUCACUUUUGGGAUGUGAGCCUCGAACGGACAUUGGGGGCAAAUAUUCGUCGUCAUCGCUAUCAUCGGGAGUUAUGUCCUCAUCACUUGACGACCAUCCGCCAUCAAAAUGAGGACUUGCCACAUGCUCUCGAUCGAGCUCUGAUAAAUAUUCGUCAAUGUCCCUUGGUUGGAGCCCUCCCAAAUUCCUACGAAUGCCCCUAAGGAUGGCCCGAUGCUUCCUUGGGGUUACUAACGGCAAAUGAGACCCCGAUGCGCUCCGCUUAUUUGGAGAGGUAAGGCAUAAUUAUAAGUACUUUAGUGACAGCAACUCUCUCAUGUGAUGCCUCCUGUUUUCAAAUCAAACGAAGGUGGACUUUGCGAGAUUUAAGUGCGUAAUAUAGUACAUAAAAAUCGAAAUCUCUUUCUGGAAUAAAUAUCGCAGAUACACUUCACGUUUCUAUCCAUCUGGCACCCAUGUUCAAGUGCAGCUCCUCUAACGUCCAAAAAAAACUCAGAUUACUAUAUUUCGAACACUUUUGUCAUGAGCAGUUCUCUUUGGAAGGGGGGCUGGGCGGGGGAAAGAGGAGGAAGCAUCCAUAGUUUAUAAAAUCGUUGAAUGAAUGGGACACUCUCGAAGGCUGCUGAUGCAUUGUUAUCCAAAAUACUUUUGUAAGGACCACUCCUACGGGACACCAUGCUAUCAGAAGACCGACCCAACGCAUGCUAGCCAGCCAACCGUGAUUUUGUAAAAGUACAUUAUCACUCAAAAGAAUAUUUUGAACAAAAUUUCAGGUCCAAGAGCAGAAUCCCAAUGUGCAGAUAAACGUCUGGGGACGAAAGAGCUCGCCUGAACAGAGCUGUUAUGGACUGUAUUAUAAUCCUGUAGCUCAGAGUUCAGGAAUAAUCCCGACCUAUUACAUGGAAUGUGAACAAACAGCAGCUUAUUUCGUUUGUAAGGUAUGUUUUUUUUUAUUCUUUAAUUAAAAAUGUCAAGAAAUAAUUGUGCACUGAGAGGAUAAAUGUCAUUGUAUUUCAGUUCACCAAUUCUUCUGCAGCUACAACGACAGCUGACUUCUUAAUAGAAAUGUUCGUAAGAAUAUUCUGUAUAGUCUAUAUGCCACUGAGUUAUUGUACCCUACAUAUGCUGUAGUCAUAUUUUUAUUCAUAAAUGGUUACAUUUAACAGAGAGAGAGAGAGAGAGAGAGAGAGAGAGAGAGAGAGAGAGAGAGAGAGAGAGAGAGAGAGAGUUAUUUUUCAUAUCUACUUUCUUUUAAGACAUUCAUUCAUUCGACAGACAUCCCGAGCACUAACGUUUGAUCUGCGUCAAGACAGAUUUCCAGGCAAGAGAGAAAGAUUCUACUUCGUACCAGAUGGCUUUAUCCCACGACUAAUGUCGCUUGAGGGAAAAGUCAUCUCUCUUUCAACUUCCCCAUCAGCAGACAACACGUUAUUAUUCCAAGAUUAUACUGUGGAUGUCACCGUGCCCGUAGCAACGGCUUUCAUCGAUAAAUCACCCAAUCCAUUCGGCAGGCGAACCUGGACGGUUACUGAAGGCAACAAAACCAUGUAUUGGGUUCUGACAUCUUGCUCCAAGAACGAAUUCACCUGUGACCCUGGCAUCUGCUUAGAUAUGGACAAGCGAUGUAAUGGAAAAGAUGACUGGCGAUGACUCCGAUGAGCAAUGCGAAUUGAUCAAGUCCUUGCCGAGUUCCUACCGUCCCACUCGUCCUCCCAAGGAGGAGACGCCCUUGAAUACAAGUUUGAGAAUUGUAUCAAUCGACGACGUUGAUGUCGAUCUCGGCAAAAUCCAAGUUCUUAUGCAGAUCCAAACAACCUGGGAAGAUGGAAGGAUAACUCUGAUCCAGAUGAGUCACGAGAGCGAAGACAACCUCGUCGACAAGAAUGUCUGGACACCCAAGUACUAUUUUGCCAAUGGAGUCUUCGAGGACAACGUGAAUUACAUCAAUAAGAAAAAUGUCAUUGAGCGGACUAUUGCCAAUAGGAAUACGGGCGGGAAAAUGGGCGUUAUCAAUAGUUACGAAGGGUAUGAGUACAACGGCGAAAGUAACGCAAGCAUCACCCACAUCGAGUCGGUUUUGUCCUCCUUCGACUGCGACUUCGACCUCUUGUAUUACCCUUUCGAUAUCCAUACUUGUGAAAUUCAAAUCCAGCUUAAACAAAUCGGUGGUCACAAAGCCCAUUUCGAUACCAGAACGAUUUACAUAUACCCAGAUAACUUCACCCUCUCGGAAUUUACCACUGAGCCUGUAUGUUAUACUUUCGUCAACCAGUCAGCAAACCACGCCAAUCUAGUGAAGAUUCACAUUUUGCUGAGCAGAAGGUACGGGGCCUAUAUCCUGACCACUUUCCUCCCUUGCCUUGUGCUGACCAUCAUAGGAGCUCUGACGGAAUUCUUUGAGGACGAUAAUUUCAGUGACCGCAUAAACGUGACUCUCGCUGCCUUGAUUGUGAUAGCGUCUCUCAUCUCUCAAGUGGCUACAACGGCGCCCGUGUCGGCUCAACCGAAGCUCAUCGACAUGUACUUCUGCUUCUGUAUGUUUAGAUUAUUUUUCUGCUUUGUCCACCACGGUCUUCUCUGCAUGGUUCGAUGUUUCAUGGUUCACAGGGAAGAGAAAAGCAAACACCAAACGACCAACGUUCCAAAGCAAACGACUAACAUUCAAGAUUCCUUACUCUCUCUAAGAGAUCUUGACGUUCCGGCAGCAGCAUCGUAUGUUCCGCCGCCCAAGAACUUGGUGGUCAGCGCCUGGCAGCUACAGUUGGCCGUUCCACCUCCCAGUUGCGAGAGUACAGUGACCACGUCAGAGGGGAUAGCGGCCACUUCAUUGUGGCGGCAAUCGACGACUUACAAGAUUGUCAAUGGUGCUAGCAUUUUCGUCGGGUUCCUCGUGGAUGCGAUAACGUACGCCGUGAUCGUCGUCUUCGUUAUCAACAAUUAUUAUCGGGCAUUGGAAGAUUAUAAGGAGAACUGCCAGAAUUGAGGAUUUGGCUUUCCCUUGAACUGAGGAAGGAUAUGUAAACUAUAAUUUUCAUCUUUAUAUUCAUUAUAUUCCUCCUAAAAGCUCUCCUUCCACCGUUAGAUCUGCAUCCUUUACAUAAUUUCGUUGUCUUCAUUACUUUCUUCAAUUGUGAAUAACUUUCUGUAAGUCAGUUAUUGCUAUUACAAAGCCAUAACAUAGUUCCUUGUUUUCUUCUGAGAUCAAUAAUAUGAUUAGGCUUGCCAACUGUGCCCUAUUGGAAAGGACGGACGAGCUUUUAAUCAUUUCUCUCUGGCCUGUCUUUUGUCGAAUCUAGAAAUUAUGUCAACGGUCCUUCAUUUAAAGUGAUUCCGCAUAAAUCAUAUUGUUGUAAUUAAUACUUAUUAAUAAUGCUAUAAAACAAGGUCUUUCGACAGUCAGAUAUUUUGUAGAUUUUUUCACAUUUGGUUAAUCGCCUGAACAAACCGGAAUUUAAAACCUGUUUGGUUACAGUUUGUUAGGUUAAGUGGCUUCACUAGUCUUAAGUGUCCAAGUAACACCCUAUGCACUCCCUAUGAUAACAAUGACUUGUAGUCUUAUACUCACCUUUGUUAUUUUACACACUAUAUAACUAUAUUACUACUACUUUCACUUGAAGGAGAAUUGCACGAAAUUUAUUGAAAAAAAAUAUAAUCACACAAAUUCGCACGUGUGCUGAUGGCUAGUAUAAUCAUAAUUUCAAAAUUCUAAAAAUCUUUACUAAUGUAAUGAUUUUUAUUUAUGCUUCUCUAUGUAUGUAUCUAUCUGUGUAUAUGCACGUCUACACAUAAAUACGUCUGUAUGUAUGUAUGUAUGCAUAUAUAUACAUAUGUAUAUACAAAUAUGCAUAUAUAUACAUGUGUAAGAUUGUCUUUUAUAAUAACUUGACAGAGUUCACUAACCUAACUACCACUGAAAUGUUACCUUGUACUUCAUAUGCCUUUCAGUGUUGUAUAAGCUCUUCCGUUAAAAAAUCGCUUUAAAAAACGGGGGCAGGGGACUGAUCUGAUGACAAAACACUACAUUUGCAUUAGGAAUAUAUUCAGGAAUCUUGUUAGCUGUGGUAUUUUAACGGAUAUAUUUGCCAAGACUAUUGAGCUUAACAAUAUACUUAGACCAUGAAUACAGAAUCUUCUGUACCCUGGGAAUAAUUUGCAUCCAACUGGUAUUAUACAUGUUAAGUGCACCUACCCACAUCAGAAUUUGAACUCAUAGGCAUGCGUUCAUAAUGAAUAAACUGGAAUUUUAAUUUACAAAUCAUAUACCUUCGCAAAUAUUUAGCUAUCACACUAAGGCGUAGAGGAGUCUAAGAGUUUUUUUUACAAUUCUUUCACUGGUGUGCAGCAAAACAAUAUAU